AUGAGCACGAACUCGCCGGGAACGCCGAAGAAGUGUCGGCUGAUACUGCAACAAUGUCUCGCGAUACAGCUGACCAAGCCGGGCAACCCGCCGGAGGACUUCUGGAUGUACGACAGCGGCUACACGAUCUUCCAGAAUUUUCUAUCAGCUAACCUCCAGUGCUGGUGGAACGCACCGCUGGCGGCGGCAACAAAGGUCCUCAAGUAUCUUGGCCACAUUUCCCCCGGCAUGCUGCUGAUAACGGCCGAACCCUGCGCCCUGGAAAUCAUCCGCAGCGCCUACGCCCGAAGCGUCCUCAAACCACCGGCCACGUAUCUGAUCAACUCCGUCGGUGACAUCGACGAUUGUAUCGUAACACCGAUCGUACAGACACAGUUCACACCACUCACGGAAGCACUCUGCGAUGUGAUCAUGGAACUGACGUCCCAAGGCCAGUCCGCCACCAUCGAGAACAUACGAAAUCGAUUGCGUUCGAGGUUCACCCACAUGCAGCAACCGUCGGUGGAAGUCAUCUACGAUACGCUGGUGCAGCUGAUGCAGGAAAUCAAAAUCUACCAAACGUCCAAAGGGUACUUCAUCGUCACGCCAGAAAAACGACGCAACAAAACCAACACCUUGGAAUACGGUGGGUUCCCGGGGGGUGUCGACCUGGACAGCCAAGCGCCCACGAAGGAAUCGAAGACGCUGCUCAUGAGCAGCCACGAGGCGCUUAGCAGUCUGUACGGCGAAAUCUCGACCGAACGGGCCGGCGACCAGACGCACCAGUGCAUCCAGACCAACCUGGCCGACGUCAUCUGCGGCGGCAAUCCGAACGACAAGAUACUCUACCCGCGGUCGGUCAGCAAGCAGCGCAGCUCGUCCUUUCCGAGCAACGGUGGCAAGACGCUCGAACGGCGCCACAGUUUACGCUUCUUCGGAUCCUCCAAACGGCUGCAGCGGUCCGCGUCGACGCGCAGUCUAUCGAAGAACUACGCCCAAACGAUCGCGAAGGAUGGCACCGCCGUGCCGGCCGGUACGCUCAACGGCGCUCCACCAAGUCCCGAGAGUACCCCCCCGUCCGCCCUCGAUGCCAAGAAACAAACAUCGUCGCAGUCGCUGCUGUCCCGAAUCUUCCGACGUAGCACGCGGUCCAAGAGUAAGACGAAGCAGAUCGAAACCUACUCGGCCCAGUUUCCGCCCCCGGAGUGGUUCAACUCGAAGACCACGCACCUGCACAGUGUUGGCACACAGACGACGGACUAUUUGGACUUUCCAAUCAAGUCACGCCUGCUGAACUCCACCUUCUACGACAGCUCGGACGUGAGCCAGCGGUCACUUUCCCUGCCCCGGCGCCGACAUCACCGGCGCAACCUCUCCAGUGAGUCGACCUUCUUCAUAUCGUCGCGCGACUGCUCUCCAGUGCGGCGCGGGAAAAGUCCCGCGUCCUACUACUGCGGCAGUCUGCCCCGCUCGAUCCACUCGACGCCGGCCAGCUCCGGCUACUACAAGGUGUCCCGGGGCAAGCAGUUGUCCUCGGCUGACAAGCUGCACAGCAGCAGCGACAGCCAGGCAACAUCGGCGGUCGCAUCGGCGGGAAAGCUGGAUCACAGCAAAACCACCACUACUAGUCGGCAGCAGCAACAUGCGGGCAGUGGCCCGUCCAGUAUCGACAGUGGGAAGAUGACGUACGUCACCAGCGGCCCGUCGAGCUUCGACAGCGAGAAACUCUCGUCCACCCGAACCAGCACCCAUUCCAGUCUCGAAUCGCACGUGUCCUCCUCCACCAUUACCACCGCCAUCCAGCAGCAGCAGAACCAGAGUAACAACCAGUCGUCCGGUUCGUCCGGCCAAAGCAACAGCUCCAGUAUGUUCUUCACCAACGACACCGGCAAGUCGGGCAGCUCGACCAAUGCGAGCCCCAGCCGCGGAUCGCUCAAUGGAAGCGCUCGGCCCGUGUCGUCCAACGGCACCCCGCCAACGCCCGGCACGGUUACCACCGUCAUGACGGCGGUAGCUUCGACCACGAAGGCCAAUAACAGUGCCUACAAGUGCUUCGAGACAACCUUCGGGUACUCACGUACCAACACCGACGGUACGAAGCCUCCGAUGGUCGCAGGACGGCCGGUAGCGACGUCUCCGUUGGGUGCCGGUGUGGGUCUACACAUUACCAAACCGAUCGACCACCUAACAGCACUCAGCGAGUCGUUGUUGCAGUUCCGUCUGAACGGGGAAGCGCAAACCCAGGCUGGAGCAACCUCGACGGGAUCGUCCGCCGUCACAACUCCGGCGACGAUACACACGAUCCCGAUUCAGCAACACGGUUCCCUCGACAACGGGUGUGGCCAACAGCUGCCGGAGCUAAACAAGUACAACAAGAACAGCACGAUGAACAACAGCAAGGUGAUGCAGGGAACGGGAGCCAAUCCAGUGCAACCGGCGGCAAACUUUUUCUACAAGAACGUCCUGAAGAACAUCCAGCAUGACAGCAAGAACAUUUGUGGCGACCUGGCGGUGGAGAAGACGACCCCACGUUGCUACGACGAUGUGCCCGGCGGUGGCGUUGGUGGCCGCAACGGGUUGAGGCGUUCGAACUCGGAGAUCAAAAAGCUUAACUCACAGCAACAACCCACCCUUGGGAAGCACCCAUGCGCGGGUGGCGGGGAUGACCUGCUGAUGACGACCGGUGGGGGUGCCAAGUGUGGCCAGACGCUGACACAACCGCAGCUCAAUGGGUUGAUCGUGAUGAAGAAGAGCCUGUCGGUGUCGAGCGAACCGAACCUGCUGGCGAACGGAGACAAGAACAAUGCACAGAUUAAGAUCCUGGUCAAGGAGAAUGGCGCCGGUGAGGGCGAACCGCUCGGCAACGGGGACAAACCGAAAGGAGGCCCCCACACGCAGACCGACUUUGACGAGCUGGACCGACGGUACAGCUACCAGAGCCGGGACGAGCCGACGGUACUGGAAGAGAUGUACGCCUUUCCGAGCCUGUCGGAUUUGAGCUUCAACUUCACGUCGCUGGCGGCGCAGAAGAUCCUGCAGGGGGACGCCAGUCUGAACAGCAUUGAUACGCUGGUCGAGCUGAACAUUAACCAGGAGAAGCAGCAGACACUGAUGCGCCUCAAGAACGAUGCCCGGAUGUUGGCGCAGGCCGGUGUUGGCCCGCAGUCGAUGGUCGGUGGUGACGCUCCCGAUGGCGGUAAGGUGAUGACCGACUUCGGGAUGGUCUAGUAUCCGAACUCCCCUUCCCGAAUGCUUUAUAACGUACACGUUACACACGUAAACUUACCACAAACACACGUAAAAACCCACGUACACUCACAUUUAAAAGUGCCAAUACUUAGGAGCUUAUUUAGUAGCAAACGACGCACAGAGUCCUCGGGUGUCCUCGAGUUGGGAUUAGGUCACAAAUGUCAUCCCAAACCGGCCAACGAAACCCACAACCAGUAAGCAUACCGAGGCGCCCGGGAGAACCGACGCGUUUAUGUAAUCGAACACACAAGUUUUAGAGGAGGGCAAUAUUUAGAGGAUUUUUAACCCCCGUUGUACAGAAAGCAAACGAAAAAGACGUCUCAAAAGGUAGGAACGAAAAAGGAGAAGAAGAAAAUGCGAACCGAAACCAUGUAUAAGCGAGUAAUAAAGACAAUUUAUUAU